UUUCACUUCUCCCACCCCACCCCCGGGGUUCUCAGGCCCACAGCUAACUCACACAUCACCCCAGUGUUCUGGCCUGUUGCAGAUCUCAGAUUCUGCAAUCUGUGAUGUCAGACAUCCCACCCUCUCAAAGACUUGUAGCAAUAGCAACAAUAAAAGACUCUGUGCAUGUUCCCACCCCAUGGGCUCCCCUUCAGUACAGAGUGUCUGAGGACAGGCUGCUGCUCUGACUAGAGCCAGAAUCCCUGAGACCUGAUGCAAGAUCAGGUGUCAUGGCCAGGGCCACCAAAUUCACUGUCCCAACGUGGACAUUGUCCCAACGUAGACUCUUGGUGCAUGAGAGGGACACUGUUGGUGUUUAUAGCAAGACUCAGGAUAACCGGGGAGCAUCCUGGUCACAGGACAGCCUACUUCAGGGUUGUAUCAAGCUGGAUCUAGGCUGUGGAGAGGGGUCCAGGGUGACUCCAGUUGCCCCAGGCAGUCGGGACGCCUGCUCAGUACCUCUCCACCAAGUGCCCUGUGGCUUCCCCAGUCCCUGUGCUCUUGACCCUGCGCUGUUCUGUCCAUUCACAUGCUAGAGUUCUGUGCUGCUCUGCAGUGCCCAGGGUUCUGAAACACACGAUCAAUACUGCAGGGGACAGGAACUUUGCCCUUGCCCUCAUCUGCCUUUACGUCCACCCCUGGCACUCAAAGUCAGUCCACAUUAAGUUUCCUAACUCUCAGGCAGGCUACCCAGCUGUUUACAGACCCAAGCCAUAAUGACCUGUCCCCAGCAAAGGCCACUGGUCCACACACACCCAUACCUAAGCCAAAUCGAACAGCAUCCAGCAAGUUGGGACGGACAAAGUUUGAAAUUUAACCACUAGUCUUAGACGUUUCCAUGAGUUCCUGAAAAAGAUAGGUGCACCCCAUUCCACAGUUGCCCUGACCAAAAACAAGGAGACCCCACUGGAACCAGCCCCAAGAUGCUCAGGGCCACGAUGCUGGGGAGAGCCCCACACAAACCCUUAGCUGUCCUCAGGCAGACGUCGGGACCUCUCCGUGCAGCAAGGUUGCAGCCAUGGGACUCCCAGCAUUCCAGAGUGCAGAGAAGCAGCAGCUGUACAAGGCACCCGCUCUGGACUGGCUCAGUUUCCUCACCAGGAGGCACCCAGCAGUCUCCUAUCAACAUCCGGCAGAGGGACAGCAUCUAUGAUCCACAGCUGGCACCACUCAGGGUCUCCUAUGACGCUACGUCCUGCAGGUGCAUCUGGAACACUGGGUAUUUCUUCCAGGUGGAGUUUGAUGAUGCCUCAGAGGAGUCGGGGAUCAGCGGUGGGCCCUUGGAAAACCACUACAGGCUGAAGCAGUUCCACUUCCACUGGGGUGCAGGGAACGAGUGGGGCUCGGAGCACACAGUGGAUGAUCACAUGUAUCCAGCAGAGCUGCAUCUGGUCCACUGGAAUUCCACAAAAUAUGCAAAUUACAAGGAAGCCUCAGUGGGGGAGAAUGGACUGGCAGUGAUUGGAGUCUUUCUGAAGCUUGGGGCCCAGCACGAGGCCCUGCAGAGGCUAGUGCACAUCUUGCCGGAAGUAAGGCACAAGGAUGCGCAGGUGGCAGUAGGCCCCUUUGACCCCUCUUGUCUGCUGCCCACCUGCCGGGAUUACUGGACCUACAAGGGCUCCCUCACCACCCCGCCCUUGGCAGAGUCUGUCACCUGGAUCAUCCAGAAGACGCCCAUUGAGGUAGCCCCAAGCCAGCUGUCGGCCUUCCGCGCACUCCUGUUCUCUGCUAGGGGCGAGAAGGAGGAGGUGAUGGUAAACAACUUCCGCCCACUCCAGCCCCUCAUGGAUCGGCGGGUCAGUUCGUCCUUCCGGGCCGUCGCCGGGAUGAGGUCCUGACAACAGCCGACUGUCGGUCCCACGCGCAUCUGCAUUAAAUCCGGGCCGUGAAACCUCGUCAACGGUUCGUGCCUUGCUGCGCGCCACCGAAAUCCUUCAUGGAAACUGGAGCAGAAAAUAAAUAAAAACAAAUGAGUGGCAGCAGAGCCGGGGGUUCGGCCGGGACAUGCUCGGGUGUCUAGA